AUGUCCAACCAGGCCGGGGGCUCGUCGUCAACCCCAACUUCGGGGGCUUCGGGCUCGGCCCAUGGGCCCAACUGGGAGUACAAUUGGGGAUGGGGAUCUACCCCGGGUACUGGUUACGGCUACGGCUCCGGCUCGGCUCGAUCUCCCAACGGCUUCGCCAAGGGUUUCGGGUACGGGUACGGGUCUGGGUCCGGGUCGGGUUCUGGAUCGGGUUACGGGUACGGGUCUGGGUCCGGCGGCGGUGUUCGUGCUGGUGGGUCCGGUUCGGGAAGUGGCGGCGGCGGCACAGGAGGAGGGAGUGGCGGCGGAAGUGGAGCUGCGAGUGCCCGCGGCGGCGGCGGCGCGGACUCUGCUCGGGAUGGAAACCGCCAUGGCUGA